AUGGUUGAUUGUAUUAAGGUAGACGAAUGGGUCACAGCAGUUGAAGAGAUGCUGGAAUACGAUGGUUGUGGUGACGUUGAAGAAUUCAUGAAAUUGGUUGUGACACGUUUGGAUCGGUCAUCAACACUCGCUCUCGAUCGUAUCACGCUUGCCGAUUUCGUUGUUUGGGCACUUCUCGCCCGCAAUCAACAGCUGGUAAUAUCGUUUUCAUUUAACCGUAUUGAACAUCGAAUUUCUAAUGGGCAAUUUUGUUUGCAGCGCAAAACUGCUGAACAAAAUGCUGGUCAAACGAAAGAGAAGACAAAAGACGAGGGAAAGUUUGCGGAAUUACCUGGAGCCGAGAAAGGCAAAGUUGUGGUCAGAUUUCCACCAGAGGCUAGCGGUUAUCUUCAUAUUGGACACGCAAAAGCCGCAUUGCUGAAUCAGUACUAUCAGCAAACAUUUGAGGGUCAGCUUAUCAUGCGUUUCGAUGAUACGAAUCCAGCCAAGGAGAACGCUCAUUUCGAAGAGGUGAUCAAGGAGGAUUUGGCGAUGCUCGAGGUGAAGCCAGAUCGUUGGACACACACUUCGGAUCAUUUCGAGACAAUUCUGGGAAUGUGUGAGCGUUUGUUGAAAGAAGGCAAAGCAUUUGUGGACGAUACGGAUGCAGAGACAAUGCGAAAAGAACGCGAAGAACGAAAAGAGAGUAGAAAUAGAAAUAAUCCAAAGAAUCUUGAACUAUGGGAUGAAAUGAAGCGAGGUACACAGCGGGGUCAGCAGUGUUGUGUUCGUAUAAAGAUUGAUAUGAGCAGCAAUAAUGGUGCUAUGCGUGAUCCAACGAUCUAUCGUUGUAAGAACGAGGCACACGUUCGAACGGGCAAUAAAUUCAAGUGA